CUCUCUCUCUUGUUUCCCUUGAAUCUGCUGAAAGACCAAACUACUUCCUCUGCGUGCACGACAAUGAAACCGUGGGGUUGGAACAGUGGCAGGCAAGUGCCUCCUUUCAGAGACGAGCCACCUUCUUCCACCACCAGGGCCUCUGGAGUCCAGGGCUCAGUGCCUUCGAACUGCACAGUAAAAAAGGCUUUUUCAUCAUUCUCACCUCAUCCGGUGUUAAAGUUGCAAAGUAUGAUUAUUCAGAAGAAUUCAAACGUUUGAGUAGCUUUAGUAUUGAAGAACUCAGCGCGCCUGUGCCUUAUCGAAGGAUGUGUGAAUGGAGAUACGAAUCUUGUGCUAGCCCCUGUGUUAAAACCUGUAGUGAUCCUGAAGGAAUCACAUGUAAAUUCCUUCCUCCGGUUGAAGGAUGCUUGCCGUACUGUCCCAAAAACAUGAUCCUUGAUGAGAUCACACUUAGAUGUGUUUAUCCAGAAGACUGCAUACCUGUGAUGCCUACAGCAUCAGCAGCUGGAACAAAACCUUCACUGUCAAUCACUCACACGGGUGCUACCAUGGAGAGAUUUCCUCAGACACCUCUGUUGUUGGUUACUUCGGGGACCGAGCCAACUCGUGCCGGUGUGACAGACAAAACGAGCGGGAAGGCAACCACACCUUUCAGGGGAAUGGAUGUGUCGCCACGGUCCCUUGCAGACCUCUACUCGUUGGAAGCAACUAAUGCAGCCACCUAUGCAACGUUGUCAUUACCAAGAAAACAGAGUUCUUCAGUAAGUUCUUCAGAAGAAGAUGGAACAGUAUCAGCCAUAUCAGCUGGAAUCAUCACUCAAUCCACUACUCCAAUGACCACAAACACAGCAGUUAAUGCUACAUCCUUAAAAGCACCUUAUAUUUUUGCAAAAAUACCACCUAGCUCUUCAGCGGGUUUAUUAGUUGCUUCUGGCACUACUGUAGCCUCUAGGAUUGCUACAAGACCUGCUGAUUCUUCUAUUGCCAAUCUGAAGUUUUAUAUGGCUUCAACUUCAGUCCCUUCAACCAUAGAAACACCCAUGCAUGUGUCACAGAAAUCUUUAUUUACACCUGCAAUGACUCAAACUUCACAGAGCACUAAAGAAACUAAAAAAAUUAUGAUCAUGACAACUGGUACUACAGCUCCCUUAUCACAGACAAAGAGUACCUCAUUUGAAAGAACUGUGGAUAUUUUAGAAACUGGUCAGACUUCAUAUGAGCAAAGAAAUGUUACCAAGACAAAGUCAACAACAACUGAGAGAUCUUCCCUGCAUUAUUUGGCAGUAUCUGCAGUUCAGAGCUUACCUUUUCCAAGGAAUACCACCUCAGUAAGAGAUCUCUCUCUUUCUAGAGUCCCGGACCAUACAGCAUCGUAUGGGUACAAAAUCCCAACACAGAAAACCAUUAAGCCUUAUUUCAGUUUAACAGAGCCCACAGAGCUGCAGACCAGAACUGCAAUAGAUUUAUCUCAUUCUAGUGGUGGAAGGGCUCUGCCCUCCUCUUCAUUGCCUGUGGAAACACAUACUUCUCUGACAAGCAGAGAACCAAGGACAGCUAUGGCUGACAACACCUCCUUUGGUACAGUGAUGUCUACGUCUUCUGAAUGUGUGCCAAGAUACCUUGAACCUGUUGACAAAUGCAGCCAGUAUGUGUGUGUGAAUACGGGCUGGAUGUUAUACAACCUUUCGAGGAACUGCCCUAAGGAUGUGCAGAAGCCAGACUGUGGUUUUCGAGGAAUGCCAGUUCAAGUUAACAUUGAUAGUUGUUGCCCAGAAUGGGAAUGUCCCUGUCAGUGUUCUGUACUGUCUGAACUGAGUGUUAUUACAUUUGAUGGAAACAACAUAGCCCUCUGUAAUAUGGCUUCCUACAUCUUAGUCAAGUUACCAGGAGAAAUUAUUGUUGCUCAUAUUGAAAAAUGUCCUGCUAAUCAGAGUGCAAAUUCAAUAAGAAAACUAGUUCCCCCUGCAAGCACUUCAGGGCUCUGUUUUAAGAAAUUAAAUGUAACAACACGUGCCUAUAAAUUAGUUAUCCAUCGUUUAGCAAGAAAAGUAGUAGUGGAUUCUGUAAUUCAAGCACUACCAUUUUCAAGAGAGGGACUGAGUGUUCAGGACACUGGUGCAAUGUAUGUCGUGGAGACCCCAGCUGGCAUUAGCAUCAAGUGGGCUCACGUCACAGGCAUCAUAGACUUACAGUAUGGGCCACACUCCCACACACCGCUGAAGACCGAAGGACUUUGUGGGGUGUGUAAUGGAGACCCUACCGAUGACCUGAAAAUGCAAAACAGGACCAUAAUUACAAAUAUGGAGGAAAUGGAAAUGUUCAUUAAGAGUUGGGAAAUUGAGAAAUCGUUUGAUGUAACAACCAGGAGGCCAGUAAGAAAUUGUACUGAAGAUAACUGCACGUACUGUAUGGAACUGUUAAACAGAAGCAUUUUCAUCCCUUGUCACAAGAAAGUGUCACCACAGGAGUUUUGUGAGAAAAUGUGGAUCAACAGUACUUAUUUUUGGAAUUACGAGUGUGAUGCACUUUCUGCAUAUGUGACUUUAUGCAACAAACACAACAUCUGUAUUAAAUGGAGGACACCUGAUUACUGUUCAUUGAGCUGUCCUGAAGGCAAGGAAUAUCAGCCCUGUGUGCAACCCUGUGAAGCCAAGACGUGCUUGAAUAAAUGGUUCUAUGAAGAUUCUCCUUGUUCCUAUUUAAGGGAAGAUUGUGUGUGUAAAAAUGGCACUAUUCUGCAUAGAACAGACUCUGACCUCUGUAUACCAGAAGAAAAAUGUACAUGUACAGAUAACAGAGGACAGCCCCGCUCUGCUGGGGAGAUCUGGAGUGGGUCCACAAGAGGCUGUUGCAUGUACAACUGUUUAGAAAAUGGAAGUAUUAUUUCUGUAGAGCCUGAAUGCAGUGAGGAUCCACCACUAGUCUGUGAAAGAGAAGGAGAAGUUAUCAUCCAAGUCAUUGAAGAGCGAGCUUGCUGUCCAAAGAAAGUUUGUGAAUGUAACAUGUCAUUGUGCGAUGCCAUUAUUCCAACAUGCAAACCUAAUGAAAAAUUAGUGGUAGGCUACCACCCCCUGUCCUGCUGUCCACAGUACCGAUGUGAAUGUGACCCUUCAGUUUGUUUCAAUGCUUCCCAUCUGGACUGCAGAGAAGAUCAAUUUAUUGUUGAAGCGAAACAGGAAGAUCCCUGUUGUUUCUCUUAUCUCUGUGUUUGUGAAUCCUGUAUUGAGCCUGUUCCCUUGUGUAAUGAGGGGGAAAUUCUCACUGUGGACCCUAAUACCAUACAUUACUGUUGUCCUCAUUACUACUGCGUUUGUGAUGAAAAUCUUUGUUCUGAGCCUCCCAAGAAUUGCACAGAUGACAUGAUACUUGUGAAGAAAAAAAUACCUGGACAGUGUUGUCCAGAAUGGCACUGUGAAUGUAGCUGUGAAAAUGCUACUGUGCUGACCUGUAAAUUGGGAGAAGUUAAGAAAAUCGGCAGUAGCGUUUCCACUGCUUGUGGAUGCACUCACUACAUUUGUGAGAAGGAUGAUGUGUGCAUCUUCCAAGAGGUCACAGUACUGAAUCCUGGACAGUCAGUGAUUCAGUACUUGGAUGGAGACCUUUGUUACACUAUACAGUGUUUACAAGAAAAAGAUCAGAAGACAGGAUUCAAUGCCCUGCAUUUUACAAUGGUGAACUGUUCCCAGCAAUGUGAAGCUCAUCAAAUAUAUGUUCCUUCUUCCAGUCACCAUACUUGUUGUGGUACCUGUCAAAACGUAUCCUGCUCUUUUCAUACUGAGAAUGGAACACUCAUUGUGUAUGAGGAAGGAAGCACCUGGAGCUCUAACUGCACCAACUACAAAUGUGAAAGAACCGCUGUGGGAGCAAUCAUACUGGGGUCAAGUGUUGUCUGCCCCCCGUUUAAUGACACUGAGUGUACAAAGAAUGGAGGAAUUGUGCAGAUGUAUAAUGAUGGCUGCUGCAAGACCUGCAAAAAGGAAGAAAGGAUUUGCCAGAAAAUGACAAUCAGGACAACCAUAAGAAAAAAUGACUGUAUAAGCCAAAGCCCGAUAAAUGUGGCUUCUUGUGAUGGAAAAUGCCCCUCUGCAACGAUUUUCAACGUCAAUAUUGAUAGCCAUUUAAGAUUCUGUAAAUGCUGUCGAGAAAGUGGAACACGUAAUCUGACGGUGCCACUGCACUGCUCAGGAAAUGGCACUGACAUUAUGUACGUCAUUCAAGAGCCUAUAGACUGCUCAUGCCAGUGGAACUGA